UCUUCAUUAGAGAAUAGCUUGAUAUUUCUUAUAAGCCUUUCUAUGUGGAAGUUAAUUGCAGCAUCCUUUAAAUGUCAAACUCAUCUAUCUUUCUGAGUGGAAGUUAAUUGCAACGUCCUUGAAGUUGAUUAUAGGGGACAUCUUCCUUGAUUUUCUUUUCAUAGUAUAGACAGUUUUUUGAUUCGUAAAUAUUCAAUGUAUUAAAAGCGUCCAACAAAAUGGCCACUAAAGUAUACAUGAUAUGUACAAAGGCACCACUUAACUGAGUGGUAGAAUACAAAAAACAACUCCCAACCACUACUUAAAGCUUAGGUUGUCAAUAUAGUCCAACAUGGACAAGAAAUCAACUCCUAUGCACACACCGACUCUUUCCCAGAAAUUACACACACAAAAAAAAUUAAAUUGUUUUGAGUGCUUGUUCUGUUUGUUCGAAAUUCUUAAACGCUCACCUAUUUCUCUCCAUCCGUAUUGUCCAAAAAUAAAUAAGGGAGCAGUUCUCCAAGUUAUUUCUCUCCUCUCAUAAGGACCUUUCAAAUAUCUAUUUUGACUAUUGAUAUCUGAAAGGUUCCUGGGUGUUCAUCAGUUAUGAGAAGAUAUCCUUGUAAAAUGGAUUAAUAAGAACACUAUAGUUAAGUACCCAUUUGGGAGGAGGAACCUCAGGACUUAAGUUUUUUUAUUCUUUAUUUAUCAUCUCAUGCAAAUGUUGCACUUAAAUAGGAUUUGUCCAAAGAAAAAGGUGAUGUUGACACAGAGAGGUUAGUACUUUUUUGUUCUUAUUUUUAUAAGAUAAUCAAGUUUCAGUGAAGGACACAAGUAAGAGGGAGAGUGGUAGAAGGGAAAAAGAGAGAGAGGAAGAGAGAUUGGCAGUGACAAAAGGUCAUCGAUCAUUCCUAUCAAUCUUAGGCAUAAUUAAAACGCAUCAGUGAAGCUGAGGACUAAAGCUGAUGACAGGUUCAGAUGGACCAAGUCGCUUUUGUUCUCUUCUUUUGCAGCAUAUGCUAGAAUCUGCAGAAGGGAAAUCUGAGAAAGGGGCCAGCUCCAAUGAUGUGCCUCAUCUUGAUAAUGAAGAUGGCAAGCAGAUCAGGGAGGCACUGCAGCUGCAACUUGAUCUUCAGAGGCGUCUCCAUGAGCAGUACUCAGAGGUUCACGGCUACUUGUGCAAGAGUUCUCCACUUGCACAGCAGGCCCAGUGUGCUACAUCUUCUUCUGAGGGUGUUUCUAUUGCUUCUGCCGAUCCUGUAUCCCCAGUUCUUCACAGUAAACCCCGAAUCAGGUGGACUCCAGAUCUUCAUGAGCACUUUGUUGAGUGUGUAAAUCGCCUGGGUGGAGCUGAGAAAGCAACCCCAAAAGCCAUACUCAAGCUGAUGGAUUCAGAAGGACUGACCAUCUUUCAUGUGAAACGCCAUUUGCAGAAAUAUCGGAUUGCAAAGCACAAGCCAGGAUUUGCAGGAGGGAAAUCUGAGAACAUGGAAGGCAGUUCAUCCGUUUGAUGUUUGACUUGGACAAGAAGUUAAAGACUCUCCAAAAAGUAGAAAAUUUCAGUGCUUUGAAGAAUCUGAAGCGCCUCAUUUGACAUACAAUCUUCCUUGAAUAUCUGAGGAGCCAUGGAUGGAGUUCGUCAGGCGAGGGGAAAAGGACAUCCAUUGAGAUACGUGAUACUUACAUUUUAAUCCUUCAUUGAUUAUGUGGACAUUUUAGUUCUUUACAUGGACAUCCAUUGAGAUAUAUGAAAGUUAUAUUUUAGUUCCUCUA